AUGGCCAGUCGUGUGCUUGACCCACUUGGUCCUUUAUAUCAUCUAUGGCAGUCUGCCAUUUCAGCGGAAGCUGAGGGCACAGCCAUGAUCGGCAACGCUUUUCACUGUGCUUUAGUUGACCGUCGCAAGAGCUUGUUAACUAAAGUUUCACCUGAUUGCUUAGACCUGGUUGACGAUCCAGAGCUGUUCACUCCUGGUAACUCCGACCUGUUCGGAAAACGGUUCAAAAAGGCGAUUUUUAAGGACUUGAAACUGACAACGAACCAUUUAAGCCUUUUCAUAAAAAACAAACCAUUUAAGCCUUUUCAUCUGCAGCAGCCCGGGAAAGGCCAUCGAGUUACAAUCCCUGCCCUUGGAACGAUCGCUGGAACCAAACGAGCGAGUAUCGCGGGGGGUUCUCUCAAUGCAGAGGAAAACCCAACUUUUUUCAAAAGCAAGGAAAACAGCACUAACAGGUAUUGCUCCAAAUAUAAAACAAUCAACCGGAAAACAAACGGGUCCGAAAUCGGCUCUAGCAGUUCAAUCUUUAAUUUCCAGUCAUUUAAAAGUCAAUUUUCAGUCUCUUGCCUUCCAUGCUUUGGGUAUGAGAUUGAUGUUGCAUAA